UAGACACGGUAUUUCCUAUUAUAAAUACAACGCGCAAAUGGCGCUGUGGUGUUAGUGUGAACAAGAGGCAAACGAAAAUCUAGCAGACGUCGUCGUAGAGAUAAUCAUUUCAGUCGAUCAUAAGGUAAAAUCCAUAUCAAGCAAAUCAUAAAGAUGGUCAAGCAACUGAUGGACAUGUGUUUGGGCUGCAUAGCCCAGAACCUUCACGCAAUCAGCAACGUCGGCAAACACCUUCCCACAUUGCACAAAGAGAAAAUACUCCAGUGGGUCGUGGAUCAUAACAUGCUGACGACAGAAUACGUUCCACAUGUCACGUAUCAUCUCUUCUCUCCCGCACUGAGGUCCAUCUCGUUCAACGAUUGUGAUCAGAUCACAGAUAAGCUUCUCAUACAGCUUGAUGCAUGCAAGUGUGUUCUGGAGAGUAUCACAAUUGACGGGUGUAAAGUGACAGAUGUUGGUGUAUCAGCCUUACUGAGUCAUCAGGUUGAACUGCAGACCCUGGUCCUGAAGGAACUAUCUGAGCUGACAGGGACAGGGUUAGAAGUCCUUAGGUCGAGAAAGUUAAAAGAAGUGGAACUCUUCCAGUGUAUUAACAUUACCAACAAAAGCCUAGUAGCACUUGUGACAAGAAAUCCAACGAUAGCAAGACUGAAUCUAUGUUCAUGCUAUAAGCUGACACACGAAAUCAUCCCUACAAUAGCAGUAACACUCGCAAAUGAACUUGAGCAUUUAGACCUUAGCAGCAUUCACACAAUAGAUAAUAAUGAUCUGGUUGUAUUAUCACAGCACUGCAAAAUCUUAAAAGGGAUUGUACUUCAUGGCUGUAAUAGAAUAACCAGUGCAGGGGUGAUGGCGCUGAGUAAAGAAUGCACCAAGCUCCAGCUCCUAGAUGUCUCCUUCUGCUACAAGCUCCAGGAGAGCUCGAGCAAGGACUUCCUGAAAGAGCUACCUGUAAGUCUCAAGAACCUUGUCCUUUCAGGGCUCCAGCUGGAGGGUGGAGAUAUCCACACAGCCGUCGCAAGGUUACCAAAGCUGGAGACUCUCAGACUCUGCGGGAUAAACUCCAUCCCUGAAGAGGAUGCCAUAAAGAUUUUCGAGACGGUUGGGCCGCAGCUGAUAUGCUUGGAUAUGACUGGCUGCCAUCAGAUCAUGACUGAUGAUAUCCUGAGGCUUAUCGUCAAGAACUGUAAAGUCUUAGAAGAUCUCUGUCUGGCAUUCUGUAUGAAAUUGACUGGUGAGCCGCUGAGGAUGCUGUUCAGAGAUCAAGAGAGGUCUAGCAACCUGACACUACUCAGGAUGAGCGGAUGCAAAGAUUUGUACCAUGAUAUCUUGCUAGAUAUGAGUAAAGCAUGUGUGAACCUGAACAAGCUUUACAUGGCGGGAAUCAAGAGCGUUGAUGACACUUUGCUCUUCUCCAUAGCAAACCACAUGCCUCAUCUGAAGAACAUCUCACUCAAAAGCUGUGUUGGUUCUUCUGCUGAUCAGGUGACGGAUAACGGCGUCGUUGAACUGACAAGAUGCUGCCCUCUAGAGGAUAUCUGCCUCGCUGGAAUCCACAACAUCACAGAUAAGAGUAUAUUUGCUCUCGCCAAUAACUGCCCUGAUCUCAAGACUCUGUUUGUAUCAGGCUGCAGUAAGGUUACAACGCAAGCAACAAACUACCUACAAGAUGUUUGUAAUGACAAGGUAUACGUCUACCAUCGCCUUCCCAACGCCAAUCCAAAUCUUGUCAUGGCCAAGAAUCUUGACACCGGUGAUUUCUGUCAGAUUGAUCAGACAAAAUGGUCUAUGAUGUAACCAUAGCAACAAUGAUUUCUAUCUGAUGUCUUUCUCAUGUCAUCAACCAAGAUAGAUCUUUGUCUUCAUCUCAAAAUAUUUGGCAAGUUCAUCAUUUGACAGAGCAUACUUAAAUAGUAACUGAAAUAGUGUAGAUCUCGUUACACAGUGACUCCUUAAUAUACAGUUGUAUAAUAUUUUAACCUAUGAAGUGGGCAAACCUCAUCGUCCCUUAAUGAUAGUUAUCAGAUUCCCCAACCAUUGAGAAUCAAUUCAUACAAUGUGGAAAUAUGAUAAAUAGUUUAAACAUUUUGAAAUGUAUUCAUUCAGGUAUAUGGUUAUAUGGUUAUUGCCUCAAAAUAAAAAUCUUGUUAAUUUGCGAAUUGAUAGCAGGGAUAUGUCAUUCAGAUAAGAUAUGCUACACAACAACAAUCCUACUCAUGAUAUUUGAGUAAUUCAGGGUAAAGGCCAUACAAAGAAAAGUGACAUUUUGGGAACUGUUUAGAUUAAUUGCAAACAGUAGCACAUAAUCUAGAAUAGUUUUAUACUUUGAUCUCACCGAGAUAGCAGCUGCAAAAUCAUGUGUGCUACAAGUAAUUGCAUGUUACGUGUAUUUUUGAUAAACGCUGGUGGACUGGACUGAAAUUUGAUUCAGGGAUUCCUAUGCGACAUGCCCACUUUAAGAUACAUAUCAACCAACCCUUAGAUAAAAUAGACUGGCCCUCAAGCCUAAAUAUCGAAAACUUCAGAAGCUUCCCUGAUCCACUAUACCCCUGUGCUUAACGUAUGGGCAAUGAUGGUAUAUUAAUAGAAUAUUAUAGAGAAGUGACUUUAUAAUUCAAUCAUUCUCAUUAUUCACAAGUGGAUAUAUAAUUAGAUGACCAUACUUUUGCACAAUAGAAUCAUUACUGCCAUCUUGGAAAUGCUUCCACAUGUUUAUGUACCUCAGGGUAGAUAAUCAAAACUCCAUUUGUAAGAAAACGUUUACAUCUCCACUCCAAAAUGGAUUGAAAAUGCCCUAAACCUAGGUUUCAUUUGUGGAAAAGGGUCCACUUAAUGUACCUCAAUGUCCCAUGUUUAUACACUCUUUGUGGCAUUAUUCCAGAAAUUGUUGAUAUUUGAUAUUAGAAUUUGAUACAUCUAGAACUAAUGGAGAACCUUAUAAACAUUUCCGUUAAGUGCAAUUUCUCUUUUUAAUAAAAGUGAAGAGCAUCAUUUUCAUUCCUUGUACUUAAUCUUUUUAUAAAUGGUUGUUACUUUAUCAAAUAUAUAUUCAUAGUUUGUCAAGUGAAUAUUAUUGUAAUUGCAUACACCCAUUUAUAUGGAUUGGUAACAUUCUUAUCGUUAUAUCAAUUAAUAUAAGAUUUUUAGGAUCACAUACAUGUACCGUAGUCAAGAAUCACAGGUCAAUUUACAUGGAAAUGAAUGUACUUUGUGUCAGUGAGUGCAGUAUAUACAUGACCCCUGUCUCGACCUUGUUCAACAUGAAUUACUAUUUUAUGUUCCAAUUUGAUUUACAUGUAGAAGCCACAAUUUCUUGUUCAGCUUCACAUUUAAUGCAAAGGAUACGUUUUUAAAGAGUAGAUGCAAGGAAUAUUUUUGCUAUCACGUGUAUUUGUGCAUUUAAUGCCUUCAUUUUAAGUUAGUGAAUGACUUUGAAACAAUGGUGGUCAGGAAUUUGUGCAUGUAUAGUAAAUUCAUCUACUAGUCUUGUUAACAAAUACAUUUGCUCUUAGUUGAUGUUAUAUGCUGAUGGCCCAUUCAGAGGUCUCUUAGGAGAAUAUGUUUAGCACUCUAGAGUCUAGACUACAUGUAUUAGGAAUCCCCCUGAUAAUGCCCUUUAACCAAGCUAUAGACAAUGCAUAUCUUGACAUAAAGUAGUGCUUACAUGUUUUCUUUUGUUUUCUCUCAAAAGAUUUCAUAUGUAUUUGCCAAGGUUCCUAUGACCAUGUAUGUAUCUGGCAUCGCGUACUUAAAAGCCAAUUAAUGGUUUUAUCUGCCCUAAAAGGUUUGUCAUUAGAUUUCUUUCAUUUUGAUUUUCGUUGAUAAAUAGCAAAAUCUAUUAAUUUUAAGCUCAUAUAAAGAUUUUUUCUUCUUCAAGUGGGAUAUGAUACUAAUGAGAGGUGAAAAGUAAUGUAUAGCCGAUCCAGGACAUUAGUUCUAACAUGCAACCGAUUUAUGUAAACCUAAAAGAGCACUGCGUGCAUGAUGUUUAGAAACCUCUGUGAGCUUGCAGUUGAAACAUUUGUAAUUCCAUUUUCCUAUUUUCUAUAAAUUUCAUAUUAUGAUAUAGACCUUAAGUUAUAACACAAGUGAAACCCUCAAUAUUAUAUAAUGCUUAUUAAUCAUUGAUGGUGAUGAUUUUGGUGAUGAUAAUGAUGCAAUGACGACGUAUAUUACAGAAUCAUUGAAUGAUUUCUACAUUCUGCACACAGAUAAACAAGACUUUGUACUGAUUUUAUAUAUUCAAAUGUGUAUUUUAUAUACAAAUUUUAUUAAUACGUGUUGUAAGAAUUAGUUUAUGAACUUUUCUUUUGUUUUUUUUCAGCUUUAACUUUAACAGUAUUAUGAGUUGUGUAUGUAGAAACCAUUAGCAAGGUAUAACUUUGCAUGUAUUAUAGUCUUUCAUGGAUAAAAUAAAUCAUAUUCUAUAGCAUAUUG